UGUCCGUAUCAGAUAGUGCUGUUCUGCUUUCAUUGACCGCCGCUCCUGUCUUGUGUGUGUUGGCGUUUCAUGGACGCGAUGGACGAAGAAUUAAAAUGCCCCGUUUGCGGUUCUUUCUUCAAGGAUCCGAUUAUUCUGCCGUGUUCACAUAAUGUUUGCUUGGCUUGCGCCCGAAAUAUCAUCGUUCAGACCCCAGAAGGCGAAACACCUCCGCAUAGCGGUGCGUCAGGCACCUCCGAUUACGAUUAUCUGGAUAUGGACAAGAUGAGCAUGUAUAGCGAAACGGACAGUGGCUACGGAUCAUAUACCCCAUGCCUGAAGUCUCCGAACGGCGUGAGGGUGUUUCCCCCGGCGCUAGUUCACCGGCACUGCUCCAUCACAUGCCCCCUUUGUCACCGAAGCGUCUCUUUGGAUGAACGGGGGCUGAGGGGCUUCCCACGGAACCGGCUACUGGAAGCGAUCGUAGCCCGGUACCAGCAGAGCCGAUCGAUAGCCGUGAAAUGCCAGCUGUGCGACCGAAACCCAGUCGAGGCUACUGUAAUGUGCGAGCAGUGCGACGUGUUUUACUGCACGCCAUGUCAGCAGCGAUGUCACCCUUCCCGCGGACCGCUGGCCAAGCAUCGCCUGCUGCCGCCGACUCAAGUGCCCGGCGCUAGCCAGCAGCAGCCGACCGCGGCUCGCAAACUGGCGACGUGCGCGGAGCACGAUCUGGAGAAUUACAGCAUGUACUGUGUCAGCUGCAAGACGCCAGUGUGUUACCAGUGUCUGGAAGAGGGCAAGCACGCCGCGCACGAGGUCAAGCCUUUGGGUGGCACGUGGAAGCAGCACAAGUGCCAGCUCUCCCAGGCCUUAAACGGCGUGUCAGACAAAGCCAAGGACGCCAAGGAGUUCUUGGUCCAGCUGAAGAUGAUGCUGCAGCAGAUACAGGAGAACGGGGUGGAGUUUGAGGCCUGCCUGGUGGCCCAGUGUGACGCCCUCAUUGAUGCACUCAGUCGGCAGAAAGCUAAGCUCCUCACCAAGGUGACCAAGGAGCGCGAGUACAAGCUAAAGGUGGUGCGGGACCAGAUCACACACUGCACCAUGAAGCUGCGUCAGACCACGGGAAUGAUGGAGUACUGCUUAGAAGUCAUCAAGGAGAACGACCCCAGCGGUUUCCUGCAGAUCUCAGAUGCCCUGAUCAGGCGAGUCCUGUCGUCCCAAGACCAGUGGGUGAAGGGAGCCCUGGAGCCCAAGGUGGGCCCCGAGUUUGACCUGACGCUGAACACCGACCCGCUCCUGCAGGCUAUCCUCCAGCUAGACCUAGUCCAGGGCAAAGGUUUUCGGGAAUCUCCGUUAUUGACACACAUGCAUGCAGGUGGACAGAAAGAGGCGGGAAUCCCUGGAGCUGAGACCUCCAAAGUGCCCCCAGCCCCUCUGCUGCAGCUAGAGCAGUGCUGUACGCUAAACAACAGCGCCACCUUGGCCUGGCGGGUGCCAGUGCCGCCCGGCGGGAUCGUGGACGGAUACGUGCUGGAGCUGGAUGAUGGCGAUGGCGGCCAGUACAGGGAGGUGUACGUGGGGAAGGAGACCGUGUGCACAGUGGACGGACUGCACUUCAACAGCUCAUACAACGCGCGCGUUAAGGCCUACAACGCCAUGGGCGUGGGGCCCUACAGCAAAACCGUCGUCCUGCAGACGUCUGAUGUGGCCUGGUUCACCUUUGACCCCAGCACCGCCCACAAGGACAUAAUGCUGUCCAAUGAGAACCAGACUGUGAGCUGCAGUAGCUACGACGACCGUGUGGUGCUGGGCACCGCCGCCUUCUCCAAGGGUGUGCAUUACUGGGAGCUGACAGUAGAUCGCUACGACAACCACCCGGACCCGGCUUUCGGGGUGGCCCGAAUCAACACCAUGAAGGAUAUGAUGCUGGGUAAAGAUGACAAGGCGUGGGCCAUGUAUGUGGACAACAACCGCAGCUGGUUCAUGCACAACAACUCACACACCAGCAGGGCAGAAGGAGGUAUCACCAAGGGCUCCACCGUGGGCAUCCUGCUGGACCUCAACAAGCGCAACCUCACAUUCUUCAUCAACAAGGAGCAGCACGGGCCGGUUGCCUUCGAAAACCUGGACGGCGUCUUCAUGCCUGCGCUCAGCCUUAACAGGAAUGUCCAGGUCACUCUGCUAACGGGCCUGGAGGUGCCAAAGAAUAUUUUGCAGCAGUAGACUCUGCAAGAAUUCUGGGACAUUGGCAAGUCAGCAUCACCAUGGCAAGUCUCCCUUACGGCAACCAGUAUCCUAACCAACAUCCACCGACAAAGACAACCUUAAACAUUUCAGAAUAACAUACCGAGUACGUUGGAUUAUAAUAACCCUAUUAUUAUUUUUGUAGUCCUGAGUAGUCAGACAACAAAAUUACAUCACAGUCGAGGAUUUUUUUAUUUUAUUUUGUACAGCACCUUUUUCAAUGAAAUUGUCAAGAGUGUUUUUAGGAAAAUACCUGACAGACAAAGUCAAUCAUCAUAAAAUUACACCAACCACAGAUAAGUGCCCAAUAGUGGCCUUGUAGGCUACUACAACUUAUCUCAGGUUAGUAAAUACAGUUUGCUUUGUAUAGUUUAUAUAGCUGAGAUUUUGUCACAGAGGUCAGAGAGGCACUAACCCAGGUUAGAAUUCUCAAUGUUUCUCAUGAUUCUCACACAGAGUGGGCAGACGCAUCAAGUAUCCAUGCCGAUGUUAAAUGACCAAAAUCCUGAUACGAUGUAUCUCUGGGAGAUAACAUCCCAUUCCUGCCAGCCUCCCCAAGCUGCUAUAAUAACCUAUACUUGAUGUUCGCCAGUGUGAAUAGCUCUCCUCAAGUACAAUUUGAAUAUUAUGCCCGACUGAGUUCUUACGCUUCCAAGUGGAACGUGUGACUCCGAUCGUCCUUCUAAGCCAUGAACACAACUGCUAUUACUGAAUGUCAUUGCGAGCAAAGGUCCCCAGGGAUUCCGUGCCCUCCAGAGAGGCUGCCUGCCUGCAGAUGGGUAUUUGCAUGAACGGUUUUGAAUGGCCGCUCCUUCGCAGCAUCCGGGCAAGAACAGAAAUCCGACGAAUACUUCCGACACUGUGAUGCUUUGUGAAUAUUUUUUUUUUGAGAAUUCCCUCGUUUGUAAUUUCAAUUGGAUUCUUCUGGUUAUGUUUUCUUUUUUUUUUUAAUCCCAUAUAUAUUAGUCAUAAACUGAAGUGUGUCCAAUGAGAUAUUUUGUUAUCCAGCAUUUUAUCCAAAAAUAGGUAUCCAUAAACAGUUACUAGCUAUUACAUUCUUUGAAGCUGUACGUGCAUGUUACGCAGCUGUAUAUAUGGACAUGAAAAUGAGUGAACGCUGUAGUGUCCUAAGCAUGAGCUUUAUAUGAACUCGUCCAUUUAUGAACUUUCUGUAAAUACCACACAAAAUGCCCCUCUAUGUGUGUGACUUAAGAACAUUUGGUGCGACAGACCACGUGAGUUUCGGACCAAAAACGGCAAUGUACCUCGCAGGCUUUGAUAUCGGUACUGUAGGACUUUUCCCAUUGGUAUAUUCUGAACCUUUUUGUAAAAAAAAAGCUCAUAUUAUACUCUGUGGUCAAAGCCUUGAUGGUCUUACCAUCUCCUCUAGUGCGUCUAUGUGUAAUUUUCACUUCAUGAUGCCGUGCACUCAUAGAGGAAAAUCCUAAUGAAUGAAAGCAACAUUUUACACAGGAAAACGAAUGUCAAACUGAUGAGUCGGAAAUGUUCAAAUACGUAAGGAAAAACUCCUAAACUGUCAAUAAAAUAGCAAAGGGGAGGAGCCACUCAGCAUGUUCUAUAUUAUGUAGAUGUUAGAAAGGUGUUUUGAUUAAGUGCGCAUAAACCCUGACAUAAAACUUGAUUCUUUAAUUAGAGAUGAAAAUAUUUUUGUUGGAGGCCUACAGUGAAACUACUGGCAAAAUCUGGAGUGUUUUUUACUUCAGGAUAUUCCAGCACCCGUUUGAAAAGGGUAGGAACAGUGUUGUGCAUUUGUAAUCCGAGACAUCAGAAGUCUUUCCGCAUAAGAUCCAGCACUUUUAAGGUUGGUUGACUUCAAGUCAUGGACGUUUUUAACUUCAGAAGAAAACACACACACCUCCAAAUGUAUAGCCUUCUUUUAAAAUCGUGCCAAAAUUCCAGUGUUAAAUAGGGUAGAAUAGACUCUUUUUUUCUGGAGACUGAUUAAAUAAAA